GGAGCUAUCCGUUGUUGAGACCGAGUCGAGAUGGGGAACAAUCGGUCACGUCAACAAAGUUCCCUGGCACCAACACCGACCAGACAAUUUGUAACUGCUCCCUGGAGAACACCUUUGGAAACGGAGACAGAAUCAAGCAACCCAGCUGCACACAGGAGAUAUGCAGUAUCUGCGAUCACGGCGCCACGACCUAGAGUGAGGACAACAAUUACUCCAUCAACGUUUAUUGCUGAACCAAGUAACUCAUCGGACAAUUUGGAAACUGUACCAAAUGUUGAUUCAGAACCAGAGAAUUGGCCAAGCACUUUGACAGCUGAACAGGAGGAGAGGUGUUACGACCCAAAUGACACAAGGUUUACAUUCGUCGAUGGAGAAGAUGAAAUGGAUUUUGAGCUCAAUGGCUACAAGUCUCUCAGAGCAGAGAUGUCCUGUGGUCAUACUGUGACUCCAACGUCUCUCAUCAACUGGUGUCUCUGGCGGCUGGACCAGGGUAAGGUGGAGUUUGUCUGUGGCCAACAUAAAUGUGAUGCUGUGUGGUCAUAUGAAGAGGUUUGCGAAAUGGCUCUGCUGACUCCUGCAGAAACAAAGAACAUUGACAGAAGACUGUUCAAUUUAGCCAAAGAUAAUAUGGAUGCCAAAAAAUGUCCCGGCUGCAAGAGUUUAGUGGUGAGAAAGGACCAGAAUGACCUGAGGGUGUUCUGCACAGUGUGCACAGAUAAAAAAAGAAGGACUUACGAAUUCUGCUGGCAGUGUUUGAAGAAAUGGACAGGUCCAUCUGAACAUGCCAACCACUGUGCAAACCCUGAAUGUGUUAAUCAGCCACUGGAAGUCCUGAGAAAGUGUCCCGAGAUCAACUUCAAGGAUGUUAAGAUGGUGACCGGCUGUCCCUCUAUCCGUGCCUGUCCCACCUGUGGGUUUCUGAUCGAGCAUAGCAGAAAAAAAUGCAAUCAGAUCAAAUGUCCCCGGUGUAAGGUGAAGUUCUGUUUUGUGUGCUUGAAGCUCUCUGCAGUCUGUGAUUCAUAUUUCAGUGCUUGCACCGAUGGUGUCGCCCCAAGACAGACCUCGAUACCAGUAUGGAAGAGGAAAUAAGAUGAUGUGUGAAAGAAUUAACAAUGCUGUAGUUUAUUUUUUUUGUGGGGGGGAUGUAUUACAGCAAUGUAGCAGACUGUCACUUUAGCAUGCAUCUUAAAUAGGAAAACUGUCAAUGUUAAACUUGGUGCAGCCUGAUCAAAUGCCAGCAGGGUUUCUUUCGCAAAGCUGCAGAAUCAAAGUGUAAAGAGCAAACUAGUUCAACUAUAUAAAGAGCCUCAUUUCAUAUCACAAGCCAUUUUGCUGUCAUGCAUUUAUAUGAAUUACAAUCUAGAUCACAGAAGUAAAAGGUAAGCUUCUCACUCUGAGCAUGACAUCAUGGGAAUAUGGUGAAUUACCUCGCCUGUGACACAUGCCCAUAUGUAAUGUAGAUCAUUAAAUGCAACAGAAUAUAAUAAGUUAUGGUUAAACCACAGUUUUCAGCCAAAUGUAUAUUUUUAUGAAUUGCAACACAGGCUUCAGUAAAGACCUAAUUUAUUGGUA